UCUGUUCAUCCUACAACUCCAGCCAGAACAAGAUUCGCUCCUUCUCCAACGGGAUAUCUACACCUUGGGUCGUUGAGAACAGCGUUAUACAACUACCUUCUUGCGAAGAAUACAGGAGGCCAGUUCAUCUUACGUCUUGAAGAUACAGAUAGAACGCGAUUGGUUCCUGAUGCUGAACAGAAUAUCUACGACAGUCUCAAGUGGUGCAACUUGACUAUAGAUGAGGGCCCAAAUGAAGGUGGUCCCUAUGGGCCCUAUAGGCAAUCUGAAAGAAUGGAAAUUUACAAAAAAUAUGCCCAAAUACUCGUAGACCUGGGCCAUGCAUAUCGAUGUGUCUGUUCUAAAGACAGGCUCCUUCACUUGCGAGAAACGGCUACAAAGCUAAAGCCUCCAACCACAGUUACAUACGACAGAAAGUGUUUGCACGAACAAGAGGGACAACUCAUUGACAGUAACGACUAUGUGAUACGGUUCAAAUCACCAGAUACUUAUGAGCCAUUUAAAGAUUUGGUCCAUGGCAACCUUAAUCUUCAACCACAAUAUAACUACAGCGAUAGGCGAUACGACGAUUUCGUAAUAGUAAAAUCCGACGGAAUGCCCACAUACCAUUUUGCAAACGUAGUUGAUGAUCAUUUGAUGAAAAUCACCCAUGUCAUUAGAGGCGAGGAGUGGCUUCCUUCCACACCUAAGCACAUUGCCUUGUACAAUGCAUUUGGAUGGACUCCACCAAAGUUCACUCACAUUCCGCUCUUGACUUCGCUUGAAGACAAGAAGUUGUCCAAGAGAUCAGGAGACAUUGGAAUACUUUCUCUUAAAGAGAAGGGAAUCCUUCCUGAGGCAUUGGUCAACUUUGUAGCUCUCUUUGGUUGGUCUCCAGUUCGCGACGCCCCUGGCGUAAGUGCGAAUGAGUCCAUGUCCUUAGAAGAAAUCGAGGAGAAGUUUUCUCUAGAUCAUUUGACUAGAGGAAAUGCUAAAGUUAAUGACUCAAAGUUAUUCUUCUUUAAUAAACAUCACCUCCACAAAGCUCUCAGGGACCCAACGAAGAUUGAUCAGUAUGUCAAGGAAAUAUUCCCACGUUUAUCUCAGUUAAGUCAUGGAAAAUAUAGUGAAGCUGAUGUCAAGAAGUUGAUACAAAAUCUCGGUUCAAGUUUGACUUCAAUUAAUGAAAUUGAAACCGACCAUGCUUAUCUCUUUCAACCCAACGACUACUCUACAUUUCAAAAGAUUGGAGAUCCUAGUAAGGCUGCAUUAAUUGUACAGGCACUUCUUGACGAGCCGGCAGGUUCGUUUAAGCUGAAUGUAGAUGUCAUACUACAAAAGCAUCCUGAACUUGCAAAGAAGGAUAUCUUCCAAACAGUGAGACUUGCUUUGUCAGGAGGAAAGCCUGGAUUGAAUGUUCCAACGUUGAUCGAUACCCUUGGCGAGGAUGCCUAUAAAGAAAGACUUAACUCUUUUCUUGUAUAUAUAAAUAACUAG